CACACUAUAUUCGCAAACAACGUGUAUGGGAGAUCACAUCAAUAACCAAUAUGCAAGUCGAAAUAAAGCGAGAAAACUAUGCGUGCAACAAAAAGAUGUGUUCCGAAAACGAUGCUUACUCAAAGAUGGAUCAUUUAAUCAAUAAAAUUAUAGAAAAGGAAGGGUUCAUCCAAUACAAAAUUGAUAAGAAAUGCAUAUCAACAAACGGAGGGAACUACCUCGGAGAACUCUCCGAGAUCGAUGUUCAAGGAAAAACGAAAGAUGGCGACAAAGUUCUAAACAUCUUCGUGAAAAAAAUGAACACAGGCGACGAAAUGAAAAUUAUUUCAAUACCAAAUGCUUAUAUGACAGAAUUGUUCUUCUAUAAAGAACUUUCGAAGAUUUUUCAUGAACUGCAAGAAGAGGCUCGCGUACCCUUAAACAAGAAGUACUGGACUGUCAAAAGCUACGAUGAAAGUGAAAAAGAUUUGAUAUUAAUGGAUAAUUUAUCAAGAAAAGGUUUUAUAACACCAGAUAGGAUGGAUGUCGUCUCUUUACAGUUCGCUGAAAAGGCAAUCCAGGAGCUGGCUAAAUUCCAUGCGUUUUCAUUUAUUUUGAAAGAGAAGCGUCCAGAAUAUUUCGAAAAACGAAUUCGGACCAUGAAAUCUCCUUUCAAACCUGGCAAAGAUUGGGAUGGAUUUGUCCAAAAUAUUCUUAAAACAACGAUAAAAUUUGUCGAUGAAAAUUUGAAGGAAAGAGUAGAAAAUUAUUCCGUAAAUAUUGAAAAAAAGUAUCUAAACUAUUAUGAAGAUAAGAAAACUCAACGAUGUUUGGUUCAUGGUGAUUAUCGGCCCAACAAUGUGUUGACAAAAAUAACUAACGGUGAUGUUUUGGAAGUGGUACCAGUCGACUACCAACUCUUAUACUACGGCUGCCCCAUUAUUGAUAUCCUAUACUUCAUGACUUGUGCAACAGACAGAAAAUUUAGAAAAGCUCAUCUAUCAAAUCUUAAGGAUUUAUAUCAUGGCACUAUGAAAGACUUCCUCAAAUACUUUAAUAUUGAUGUUGAAAAUGUUUAUCCAAAGGUUGUUUUUGAGAAGGAAUAUGAAGAGAAGAAAGACUUUGCUCUGAUGAUGGCAUUUCUCAUACUGCCUUUUAUGUUUGCUUCCGAAACUGAUGUCCCUGACAUUUCUAAGGAAGACUUAUCUGAGAUUCAGUUCAAGGUCAAUGAUGACAAAUUUAAAGAAAGAUUCGAUGGUAUUAUUCAGGAUUUCAUUGACUGCGGUGUCUUGUAAUGGAAGCAAGGUAUUCAAGAAAAAUUUGCUCUGUUUUAUUAUCUUCAAUUUAUUUUUUAAUGUUGUCCUUUUACAACCUGUUUAUUGAUACUAAUUAUUAAUUAAAUCUGUUACGUUACUUUAUUAUACUUAGUAGUAGCUAAUUGUAUU